AAAUUGAGAUACCCCGAUUUUCGGUUUUGAGAAACUGGGACGGGAACCAGGACUCCGGUUAGCCGGGUUCCCGGUUACCAGCUAGUUUCAGUUUUAUUCGGUAACUUUUGGCACCCGUACCAUUGUCGCGUGAAUUUCCCCAUAAGAGAACCCCUGCUUCCUUCUUCAGCGCACGAAGCACGCUGCCCCCUUCCCUGUUGUGCUGCGACGCCGAGAGAGAGAAAAGAGAGUGGGUGGAAGGCCGGCCGGUGGGGACUGGAAUUUCUCUUCAAGGUGGAGUUGGGGUCUCCGUCCAAAUCCGCUAUUUCCCUGGUGCACCUUCUGGUGGUGGUUCCUAAGCCUCGUAGCUUCUGGGUUCGCCAUUGCUGCUGAGAGACGAAGGAGCAUAGUAGAAGAAGAGAAAGACUUCAGCUUUGAAUUCCGUCUAUCUCUGUGCCUGCUCCACUACCAGAAAGAAAGACAAUGUCAGAAUAUCUCCCAAACGAGGCGAUCAUCGAAAUCCUCUCAAGACUGCCUGUGAAGUCGCUCAUGAGAUUCAGGUGUGUUUGCAAGACAUGGUACUCUCUCAUCUCCAGCCCAUACUUUGUCGCCACCCACCUCAAUCAUGCUCUUUCCAAUCCCCACCUUCUCCUUCACCAUUUAGACUACCAACUUAAUAAAGAAAGAUUCACUCUCCAUUCUUUCGAUGAGCCAUUCCCUCGCAACCAUUUCACCAAACACCUGGACUACAGCUCCCCUGCCAUACAUAUCCUCCUGCUUUCUCUCGAUCAAGAAAUAGAAGAGAAAGGGGGUUUCUUCGCAUAUCCAUCAGAUUUCAUAGAAUUGCGUUGUUUACAUCAGAGAGUCAACAGUUUCUUGUACGUAGUUGGAUCAUCUAAUGGCCUACUUUGUCUUGCGGAUGAUGUUUUCGGUAACAAAGUUGGGUUAUUUGUUCUCUGGAACCCUUCUAUUCAAAAAGCUAUAUCCCUUCCGGAGCCUAAUAUUGGAUUUAGAUCUUACGGUUCAUUUAUCCAUUCUCUUGGCUUUGGGUAUGACCGCAAGACCGAUGAUUACAAAUUGGUGAGACUUGUGUAUCUUGAAGGCACUACUAAUAUUCGUUUCAAUGAUGUUCCACCUCUAGUUGAGAUUUAUACACUCCGAACCGGCGCAUGGCGCUCUGUUGAGGCCCCUGGUCCUCCCUAUGUCAUCGAGAUGUGGUCCUCAUCAGUUUUCUUGAAUGGGGCAGUACACUGGCCAGCACACACUCCACGACAACAAGGUGCGUUUCGUAAUGUGAUCGUGUUGUUUGAUAUGGAGGAUGAGGCCUUUCUUGAAGUGGCUAUGCCUAAGAGCUUGCAAGGAGCGGAACACUUGAACGUUACUGUGGCGACAGUUGAUGGGUUGCUUGCGCUUGUCCCCUUUAAUGAAAGUGGCAAUGAGGAGUUUCACUCCGUGUGGGUGAUGAAAGAGUAUGGAGUAGCAGAAUCUUGGACGAAGUUGUUUGAUAUUGACAUUGGGGAACGAUUGGAGAGGGUGAUAGGCGUUACAAAGAAUGGUGAAGUUCUACUGACCAAGGCUGGAAAGUUGUUUUCUUAUGGACCCAGUAGCCAACAAACUUUGGAUCUUCACAUUUGUGGCCAAACAGACUCGUUUUCUUUGGAUACCUAUGUGGAGAGCCUUGUUCUACUGAAUAUAACAGAUGGAGUUCUGGAAAACUAGGUGACUCAGUCUGGUUCUACUAAGCACAAGGUUAAAGGAGAGGUAGAUAGAUGAUACAUGACAAGUCUUAGAGGUUACUUUGUCAUAUGACUCUGGAUGUUAUGCUAAAAAUACAUUUAUUUCUUUCCCAUGCUCAUUUUUACAAGGUGUUACUUUUUUCUUUUGUUUUGGUUCUGAGCUUUGUUGUGUUUGGGGGGAUGAAUUUUUACAAAUGCUGCUGGGUCUGUUGAGCAUAAUUUGUGUAAAAUCCAAGUUUCGAAUGAUUGAUAGGUAAUCAUGCUACAAAGAAAAAUCUUCCUCAUUUAAGAUCAA